AUGGCUCACCAAAUUCACCUAAAUGAAAACGAAAUCGCCUGCGCACUUCAAUGUGAUUUAAGUGAAGAUGGACUCGACUUAGAUGACGAUAGUUUGAUGGAUCCUGACUUUGAACCAGAUUUUGAAGAGUCGAUUGACGAAUCUUUGGAAGCUGAAUUCGACAUAGAUGCACUAGUAGACACCUUGAAUGAUGACGACCGUAACUCCAACUUUGAGGUAGAAGUAGGGCCGGCCUUAUCUAGUUCAGACAUUCCAGAUGAGCAAAUUUGCUCUACAAAAGCGCGUAACAUGCUGAAAAGGUAUAAUCCCAAGAAACCGCAUAAGUGGGGUUAUAAAUUAUAUGUUUUGAGUGGUGUUUCCGGUUUUGCUUAUACAAUAGAGAUUGAAUCUGGCAAAGAGAAUGUUGUCAGACCCGACGAGCCAGAUUUAGGAGCUUCUUCCAAUGUAGUAGUACUAUUAGAAGGAAUAGAAUACCUGACUGCAAGCUGUCGUCAGAAAAAAGAGAUUAUGAAGAAAGAUCGAGGAUAUUCUGAAGAGUACAUAGCUGAUGUCAACGGCGUCGACGUGUCAACGGUUGUAUGGAAGGACAAUAAGCUUGUUACAUUGGCUUCCACAUUUGCUGGUCUAAAUCCUAUAAGCGAAGUCCGGAGAUACGACAAAAAGAACUCAAGAUACAUAAACAUCCCGCGACCUAAUGUUGUGAGCGAGUAUAACCGUCAUAUGGGCGGUGUGGACCUUGUAGAUAGCAUUAUGGGCAUCUACAAGAUAAAACUGAGAAGCAAACGUUGGCAGAUGCGUCUCUUCUAUCACUUCUUAGACCUAACAAUGGCUAAUGCAUGGCUGUUCUAUAAAAGAGUCUGCAAGUAUAAAAACAUUCCCAACAAGACCAUCAUGGCAUCUGCAGAUUUUCGCCUGGAAAUUGCCGAAACAUUGUGCAAGAUGGGGGUGAAAACGGGUUUAACAAUACGCCGAUCUAUUGAAGGUCAAAUCCUAGCAAAGAAACACAAAGGACCUGCCCAACAUGUACCUCCACAAGCAGUCCGCCAAGAUCAAGUCGGUCACUGGCCUCAAUGGGCAGAAAAAAAAAUCCGUUGUAAGUUCCCAAAGUGUGCUGGAUUUACUCAUACGGUGUGUGAUAAAUGCGGCGUAGCUUUAUGUUAUACCAAAAACAAAAAUUGUUUCAGGAAUUUCCAUCUGUUGUAA